AUGAUUGCUGAUAACAACCCGGUCCUUAUUCUAGACAGAAUAACCUCAAACCUCCCACACUCAGAAGUUCCAGUUAAUGUUAAAGAAUACUUCAAACAUUUGGUCCUGGCUGAUCCAACUUUUCAUCUGCCUAGUAAGAUAGAUGUGCUCAUAGGUGCUGAUCUAUUCGCUAAAGUAAUCACUGGUGAACGCAUCACCAUUAACAAGGAUCUGCCUGCUGCCAUGAAUUCUGUAUUUGGAUAUCUUAUCAUAGGCUCUGCCCCAACUCUUCCUGCUGUAGUCCCUCAAAAAACAGCCCCUCAAUGCAAGGGUAAUGUUUCUUUAUUAAGUACUCAAGAUAUUGAUUUGCACAAUUCUCUGCAGAAAUUUUGGACUCUAGAGGAACCUCCUGUCAAACUUCAUGUAACAUCUGAACAAGAAAUUUGUGAAAAUCACUUUCUAAACACAGUCUCUAGGGAUUCAGAUGGACGCUACUUUGUUAGGCUACCCAUAAAAGAAAAUCAUCCCCCUCUUGGUGACUCAUCAUUUUGCGCUCGUAAUAGAUUCCUAUCACUUGAAAGAAAAUUAGAAAGUCAGCCUGAAGUUAAAGCAGAGUAUAGUAAAGCCAUACAUGAUUUAUUGUCAUCUAGUCACAUGGAACCUGUUAACCCUCCUCCAAACAGUGAUAAUAAACAAUUUUACUUACCUCACCAUGCUAUUGUCAAAGUAGAUUCCUCAACUACCAAGCUUCGUGUAGUAUACGAUGCAAGCGCACGCAGCUCCUCAGGUGUCUGCCUUAACGAUAUUCUACAUACGGGGCCAAAACUACAUAAUGAUCCGAAUGAUAUUCUGUUAAAGUUUAGACUAUCCCCUAUUGUCUUCUCAUGUGACAUCAUCAAACAAAUGUUUCGUCAAAUAAUGAUCCACCCAGAUGAUAGAAACUAUCAAAUGGUGUAUUGGAGAGAUGACAAAGACGAUCCCCUUUCAGUUUACCGCUUAACUACGGUUGUGUUUGGAUUCAACUGUUCACCCUACUUGGCACCAAGGACACUUCACCAACUUAUUACUGAUGAAGGCGCAAACUUCCCUCUGGCAGCUGAGGCUUUGAAGAAACAAGUAUAUGUAGAUGAUGUAAUUUUAGGUGCCAACAGCAUAUAA